AUGGAGCUUGCAACGAUUGAGCAACUGAACCUGCAGGAAAACCCAACUGAGAUUGAGGAAUGGGUAGAACGAUUCGAGCUGUGGUGCAGUAUUCGCAAAGGUGGUGUACAGAAUCAAUCAGCCCUAAUUCUUAAUGCUGGCGGCCGUGACCUCUCUACGUCCAGUGUGCACACCAGUCUACAGCGCCUGAUCGUGAAAUUUUCCAACAAUACAAGAGGCAUGAACGCGCAGCCGGCCAAUUUGGAAGUUGACAGUGAGCCGAUUUUCCUGGAACGACGCGAAAUCCCCUAUGGCCAACGUGAAGGCGUGCUGGAGACCCUUGAGAAAAUGGAGCGCAACGGCGUGACCACCAGAAUCACAUCCAAUGUUGACAUUGGUGCCAUCCUCGAACAGAACGGAUGUCCGAUUGUCUGCAUCUUCCGUCUACUCAACAAUUCAGAACGAGGAUAUUCGCAGACGCAGAAAGAAGCACUAGCUGUAUAUUGGGCCGUCCGUCGCCUACACAAAUACCUGUUUGAAUUGCGUUUCACCAUCGUAACCGAUCAUCAAGCGUUGUAA